AUGUACGCCUUAUCUCGUAUGUAUUUCAUUAACUCAUUCGAUUUCCUCAGUUCGUGCGUGUCAACGCAUUGCCUCAACAACGGCACAUGUUCCAAUGCGACUGGUUCGUACCGCUGUAUGUGUCCUCCAACGUUCCACGGCCCGUUUUGUCAAUUUGAUGUCAAUGCAACAAACUACAGUUGGAGUGCUCUGGAAAUUGCUCUACUAUUCUUUGUUGUCUUCAUGAUUGCAUUUGCUAUUUUUAUCGUGUGUUGCGCGUCAUCUAAUAAAAUGGGUUUCUACAUCAGUGUUCCAAAUAAACAUUAUAACAGAUGGGCCGAAGAAGACGAUAUGUUUGAUGACCUCCCUACGGAGAAUGGAGAGCAACUUAUGGCAAUGGCUGACAUAAGAAAAGGAAUAGUGGUAUCGAAAACACGCGAAACGGUUCUGGAAGAUCUUGAAGACUCUGCCAUUCUCCAAUUAUGAUUUUUAAUUAAUUUCAAUAUGUACCCAAAUUUUCAUGUAUACUUUUCAUAUAUUCAUUGAUAUACCUUCAAUCUCCCUGUGAUUUGAUCUCAAGAGCAAUUUUUGGAAUGUAGUGUAAUAUUUUGUAAGAAUAUUAAUAGCAUUCAGUACACUGAACUAUUUAUUGAUCUACCCAGUAAUGUACAGACUCAACAACUACGGGGUUCUUUUUUAUGCUUACCUUUUCACCCGGCAUGAUUUGUUUUGAAAGAGUUCUGUAGAUCAAUUAUGAAUUUUAGUGAAAAAUUGCUCUUGUUUCUUUGGAAUAAUACAAAUUAUAAACUUCUGAUGACUCAGUUUGAUUGAAAUUGUAACGACGUAUUUGAAUUGCAAUCCCUUUGUAUUUAAAUUGUAUCCGAUUUUGACCAGAUUGUCAGCGUUUUCCAUUGUUUUCUUACGGCAUAAAAUGUGAGCAUUUU